AUGCGGGGACGGUCAGACGAUGUUGACCGAACCAUCUGCGUGGUUGAUGCUGAUAGUGUGGGCCGGACAGAUGAAGGACGGCGCCGCCCACUCAUCAUUGGCCGCAUUCUAGAGGCAAUAACAGUCCUACAAGCUCAGGGCUUCAAAAUCAUCAUUGUCAGCCAGGAGGAUUUGUCGAAGUUGAGGCUUGAGACCUCUGUUGAUGAAUCGAACUUCAUGUACAUAAAGGCCUUGAAUGGCUCCGAUAUAGACACAAUCCGCGCUGCUGCGGAUUUUCAAUGCUAUUUCAUGACCUCUGCUGAUGUUGCGGUGUCUGAUUGGCGCCUUCCGCAAGGGAAGCAGAUGUGGUUGCAGCAGAAUCCAGAGAUGCAUGUAAAGUUCACCUUCGAGCCUUCAGGGUUCUUGCCCACUUUUCCUGGCUCCGUUGCAGCGAGCCACGAGGAAGAACAAAACCUGGAAAGAGAGUUCUUGGGACCGGAGGAUGGGAAGAUUGAGCUUUUGCCAAGCGGAUGGAUUUGCGAUUCCUUGACGCCAGGCAUGGCAGUCUUGCCCUGUUCUGCAGAGGUCUCUUCUCAUCCUGUCCUGGCUAUCCAAGGGGUCGAUGAGAAGGACAGUCUUCUCCAGCAAGCCGUCAGCUUGUCCCAAACCCACAUCUACAGUGGCACGGAGGAGCUUGAACUGCGUGACUGGAAAAAGAUCAAAGGGCCAUGGUCCCAUGAGCAUCUCAGCUCUCACGUUGUGCAUGCUACUGGAUGUCGAAACCCGCUUUGGGCAGUCGGGUCCGGUAGCAGAAAACAGGCCAGAAGGCGAGCUGCCCAUUUGGCACUGGUGGUUACGUAUUUCGUAUCGAAAUCUGCAAAAUCUGCUACAUGGAAUGUCGGUCCGAAGGAUAAUCGCGAAUUGAACUGCCUUGUGGCACGGGCUUGCAAGUUGAUUGCACACGCCCGCUCAGUCAGCAUCAGUAGCACAGAAUCGCAGCACCUUCUGAACCAGCCUGGUUCAUCGUUGGUGGAGCUAAGUGCUGAGUCUUUUUCUUCCAAUGAACAGUUCAGCAAUGCGACACGUUGGCUUGGAAAUUCCGGCGGGGUGCAAGUGCAACAGAAGCCAGCCCAAUCUUCGAGCCUAACGCAGCUGGAUGGAAAUCUGGAGCAACAAAGGGCAGCCCGAUCUUCAAGACUUGCACAGCUGCAUGGAAACUUGAAGGAUAGGUUUGUGAAUGCAGUAGAGACAUCAUAUCAGCAGCCCGGCAGUGGCUACUUGAGCCUCAAGCCUGGAGACAGAGUGCAACUUCUGUACAACUUUGUCGAGGAGGGGUGUAUCUUUGGCCGCCUACUGGGCCCGACGACAUCAGCCCAACAACAGGGCUGGCUGCCGACCCAUGUGGUCAGUCUUGAGUGA